CCCAGGAUUUCGGGUCGGUCGAUCGUUCAAUCGUGCAACCGGCGGCGCGGCGUUUUCCCCUCCGUGCGAGUAGUGCAGCCAGCACCGUGUGUUGUUGCACGCUCCUUUCCGUUCCCAGUGGCGCGCCGCGGCUGCUUGUUUCUACGGUGAUACAUCGGGGGAAGCAGCUGGCCGGCUCGCCGUGUAGCACGACGCUCGCACAGCACCCAUGGUGAACGUCGCGGGCUUCUUCGUCUCUCGUCUUCUUCCUCGCGACCCCGCAUCUUCGUGGUGAGAACGUCGCGUCCCACGACCAUGACUCGACCACGUUUGAGCACCGCUGGUCGCGGCGACGCCAGCGCUACGACGACGACGACCACAACAGCGGAAGCCGCAUCGGACGCCGUAAACACAACGUUCUACCGCCGCCGCCGCCACUACCCCGUGCACGUCCGCGAUCAGCCGCAGUCCUUCGCUCGUGCACGCUUCGAAGUGACUCCGAAGCCGACGUUACGGACUACAUGUCGUCGUCUUCGCCACUCGUCGUACCUCUGAGUGUUGUUUUGUGCGUGUGCCCGCCUACUUCGAAAAGACAGCGUUUCCUCUUUCCUUCCUCGGCAUCUCGUGUCGGGGAGUCGCAAGCGCGGCUCGCUCGUUUGCCGGCGGGCUUGCGCCGUGUUCGCGUAGUCUUCGGACAAAAUACUAUGGCCGCUGUGCUCAAACGACAACGUUCGAGGCGCCGUUUGGCCGCUCUGACCUUCCUCUCCAACAUAUCGCUCGACGGCACGCACCGAGAUACCAAGCUGGGCAUCUUCAACCGCGCCGGCGGCGGCACGCAGUCUUGCGACCUCGUCGUAGACGUUGACCGAGGUACGACCGGUAGCGUCGCGUCGUCCUCCGACGCGUACGACCCGGCGAAGGCCUCCGAGGCACGCGAAGAAGACGACGAACUUUGCAGCUCGCCCCCGUUGGCCAAGUACGGCACCGCCGACGCGACCACGGGCAAGGCGAGCAGCGAGGAAAAACUGGCCUACUGCGGCGGUGGCUGCAGUCCGCAAGAGCGCGAUAGGGUGCACAGCUUUGCCUCCGAGACGCGCAUCCGCCUGCCGUCGGUGAGCGGCAGUGGCGCGCCGAGCGCCAAGCGGAGGCCUCAGCCCCCUAGCGGCGGCCGCCAGCAGCAGUACGCUGCAUCCCGAAACCAGUCUUCUUCCGGUUCCUCGCACCAGGUUCGGGGCAGCCUCGAGAGCCUCGGUGGCGUGGCGGCGCCGUCCACUCGCAGCCGCCAGACGUCGGGCAGCUUCUCGGACAGCUCGCACUCGUCCUUCGAGCAGAAGGUCAUCGCCAAGAGUAACAGCCGGGACCAACCCGUGCGGGAUGAGAGGGUGUACAUGGUCAGCGCCAAGCGAGCCCCCGUGGUCGUCUUCUCGGCGCUGUCCUACAACCGACGGAGCCUGCGCAGCAGCGCCAAGCCCGAGACAAAGGCAGACUCCUCGCGCCGACGUCACACGUCCGGGAACCGCCCGCUGCUGCCCCUCAACGAUGGCAGUGACGCGAUGGACAUGCUGUCGCUGCUUGGCAUUCAUCGACCGGAAGAAGGACAGUAUUUGUCCUUUGGUCCUUACCUGGUGUCCUCGCGCCAGAACCACAUGUCGACCGUUCAGUUCCGUUGGUCGAAAUCUCACGACCCCGACGUCAGCCAUCACGCCCACUGUCAGUAUGUCACUCGCUGCAUUUCUCACGACACGGGAACAUCAGCCACCACGCCUCCCAGUGCCAGCAGCUUGGAUAAAAGUUUCGAGUGGAACAGUAAGGAUGACGGGAGCCUUCUUCCGUGUUGCGGGUCAUCUGUGCCGUACAGCCCAGACCUCCUCGACAACCCGGAGCUGAUUGCGGGAAAGCACAGUACCAUGCUCAGCUUCCCUUCAUAUAUUACUUCCAUUAUCGACUACGUGAAGCCAUCGGACCUGAAGAAAGAGCUGAACGACAAGUUUCGCAGCAAGUUUCCGCACAUCCAGCUCACCCUGAGCAAACUGAGAAGUCUGAAGCGUGAAAUGUGCAAAAUUGCCUGCGGAGAGUGUGGUAUCGACUUGUUAACAGUGGCCCAAGCUUAUGUGUUCUUUGAGAAACUCAUCCUUAAGCUGCUGAUUCACAAGCACAACCGCAAGUUGUGUGCAGGAGCAUGUCUUAUGCUGUCGGCCAAACUUAAUGACAUCAAAGGCAACGAAAUGCGCACCCUCAUAGAGAAACUCGAGUGUGGCUUCCGACUGAACCGAAAAGAACUGCUCGACUUCGAGUUCGGUGUUCUGGUGGCCCUGGAGUUUUCGCUGCACCUCCCCACGUGGCAGAUAUACCCGCACUACCAGCGCCUUCUGUACGAGUCCUGAGACAAACUUACGACGGGGCGCG